AGUAUCUAGUUCAAGUGAGUACUGAGUAGCAUUCACGAGCGACGUUUCUCGUGAUUGGGGCGAUUCUCAAGUUCAUAUACCACCUUAUUCUCUAAAUCAAAUCAAAGUUCUGCACAAUCGGUGAUAGGAGAAAAAUAAAUAUAAGUGGGAGUGUGCAACAUGAAAUGAUGGAAGACUGCACAAUAACUGGCUGAAUUUCCGGAUUUUUGUUGAAUUUUCUGCAUCUAAUCAAGAAUAAUGUCUAGGUCACUCCAUAGAGGUACUUCUGGUGGGGGAAAAUUACCAGAGAAAAUUCAAGAGUUCUUGGAAGAUUCUCAAAUGAAAGUUAAAACAGAGAAUGAAGAUUUACAUAAGAAUCGUUUAUCCCCUUCAAGGAAUCCAUUUCAGUUCUUUUAUUCAAUUAAUUCAUCAUCCAAACAAUCUAUUCCCACAAAUGGCUAUAGUGUUCCUGAUCCAUACAGCCCUGUAACUUCAAGAAACCGCUACAAACUAACUUUGUUUUUGCUUAAGUCGAGUUUAUUUAUGAUCAUAAUUCUUGCCCUUACUGGAUCCUUUUGGUGGACAAUAUCUCUCACAACUUCUUCUAGAGGUCACACUUUCCAUGGAUAUAGAAGGCUUCAAGAACAGCUUGUAUCAGACUUAUGGGACAUUGGAGAGCUUUCACUUGGUACUUCUGGGGUUAAAGAAUCUGAAUUCUGUCCUCUAGAAUCAGAAAACUACAUACCCUGUUUCAAUACCACAGAAAACCUUGACUUGGGUUUGACCAUGGGACAUGAAAAUGAUCGCCAUUGUGGACCCACAUCAAAACAGAAUUGUUUAGUUCUUGCCCCUCCUGCUUACAAGAUUCCUCACAGAUGGCCUACUGGAAGAGAUGUUAUUUGGAUUGAUAAUGUUAAAAUAAAUGCACAACAAGUACUUUCUUCUGGAAGUUUGACCAAAAGGAUGAUGUUGUUAGAUGAAGAUCAAAUCUCAUUUAGUUUUGCAUCUUCCAUGGUUGAUGAUAGUAUCGAAGAUUACUCUCAUCAAAUUGCAGAAAUGAUUGGUUUAAGAAAUGAAUCUUACCUUGUUCAUGCUGGUGUGAGGACAAUAUUGGAUAUAGGUUGUGGUUUUGGUAGCCUAGGGGCACAUCUAUUUCCAAACCAACUUUUAACCAUGUGUAUAGCAAAUUAUGAAUCUUCAGGGAGUCAAGUGGAAAUAACUCUUGAAAGAGGUCUUCCUGCUAUGGUUGCUUCCUUUACUUCAAAGAAAUUACCAUUUCCGUCCCUGUCAUACGACAUGGUACACAGUGCAUGGGAUGGGGUUGACUGGAAUCAUAAAGAUGGUUUACAUUUGAUUGAAGUGGAUCGAGUUCUUAGGCCUGGAGGAUACUUUGUUUGGACCUCACCAAUUGCCAACACCCCAAUUUCCACCCGAAAUAAAGAGAAUUUAAAAAAAUGGGAUUUUGUGCGUAAUUUUGCUAAAGAUCUUUGUUGGGAUUUGUUAUCACAACAAGACAAAACGGUUGUAUGGAAGAAGCAGAGUAAUAAAGAUUGUUAUGCUUCUAGGAACCAUGGAUCGGGACCAUUGAUAUGCAAAGUGGGCCAUGAUGUUGAAUCUCCAUAUUAUCAUCAACUCGAGGCAUGCAUUGGAGGAACUCAUAGCCGCCGUUGGAUCCCAAUUGAGAAAAGACCAAAUUGGCCUUCUAGAGCAAGAUUAAACACCAAGGAACUCGCUAUCCAUGGUGUACUUUUGGAUGAUGUUUAUGAAGACGAUGUGAAUUGGAAUUUAGCAAUAAGAAACUAUUGGUCUCUGCUAUCUCCACUUAUAUUUUCAGACCAUCCAAAAAGACCCGGGAUUGAAGAUCCGUCCCCACCAUACAACAUGGUGAGAAACGUACUCGACAUGAAUGCGCAUUUCGGUGGUUUUAAUUCCGCGCUACUCGACGCACGCAAAUCCAUAUGGGUCAUGAACGUGGUCCCCACCACCGCCCCCAACCACCUCCCCCUUAUCCUCGACCGCGGCUUCCUUGGCGUGUUACACGACUGGUGUGAAGCAUUUCCAACGUAUCCAAGAACGUAUGAUUUGGUUCAUGCGGAAGGUCUUUUAUCGCUUGAAAGUGAAAAGCAUCAUCGUUGCAGUAUGAUGGAUAUAUUCUUUGAGAUAGACCGGAUACUCCGACCGGAGGGUUGGGUGAUACUGCGCGACACAACUUCUUUAAUCGAAACCGCAAGAAUGGUUACCGCAAGGCUAAAAUGGGAAGCACGGGUUGUGGAAAUUGAAAGCAAUAGUGAUGAAAAAUUGCUUGUUUGCCAAAAACCGUUUAUAAAGAGACGAUCAAAUCCUUCGUGAAGUGUUUGGAUUCUUGAUUUUUGGAUAUUUUAUGGGACAAAAGUUGAAGUUUUUAAAGAAUGAGAAAGUAAAAGAGAAAGAGGGUUCGGCUGAAAGCUGUAAACCCUAAACCCUAAACCCUAAACGAAUACCUGUGGGAGCUGUAAGGCGAGCAUGGGAGAAAUGUAAUUAGAAGAUUAUAGGUGGGGAGUUUUACACUUUUUUUUUGUUUGGUUGUGUUUUUAUAAAUUAUAGAAAUCACAUUAUGGAUUUGGGUUAUAUAUAUAGAAAUAAGCACAAGUUGGCAUUAAUGUUAUUAUUUAUAUAUAUACACAAGGGAUUAGAUGAUGAAGAGAAUCUUAUGGUUGUUGUGUUUGA